GGCGCCUCGCUCACGGCGCGGCCGCCAUUUUGCGGAGCUGAGGCGGAGGGCGGCAGCGGCCCUGCGGCGGGCGGGCAGCGGAUACCCGGGGGCUCCCAGGCGGCUGAGGGGAGGCUGAGGCGGCUCCGCCGGGACUGAGAGUGUUUAACUUAAAUAAAAAUGGACUGGACCGGAAAACACAACGGGCCAAAUGAUACAACUAACGAUGGAACAGUGGUACGACUUCGAGGCCUGCCAUUUGGAUGCAGCAAAGAAGAGAUUGUUCAGUUUUUCCAAGAUAUAUUGAAAUCUUCAAAAGUAGUAAGAGUGAAAUCAGAGGAUUCUGUGACCUGCCAAGAAGAAUGAUGGGACAACAGCGACCUGGACCAUAUGAUAGACCAUUAGGAGGAAGAGGGGGUUAUUAUGGAGCUGGGCGUGGAAGUAUGUAUGACAGAAUGCGUCGAGGAGGUGGUGGAUAUGACGGUGGGUAUGGUGGCUUUGAUGAUUAUGGUGGCUAUAAUAACUAUGGCUACGGAAAUGAUGGCUAUGAUGACAGAAUGAGAGAUGGGAGAGGCAUGGGAGGACAUGGCUAUGGUGGAGCUGGAGAUGCAGGUUCAGGUUUCCAUGGUGGUGGUCAUUUUGUUCACAUGAGAGGACUGCCUUUUCGAGCAACAGAAAAUGACAUUGCUAAUUUUUUCUCGCCAUUGAAUCCUAUAAGAGUUCACAUCGAUAUUGGGGCAGAUGGACGAGCCACAGGAGAGGCAGAUGUGGAAUUUGUAACACAUGAGGAUGCAGUAGCUGCUAUGUCAAAGGAUAAGAAUCACAUGCAACAUCGAUAUAUUGAACUAUUCCUGAAUUCAACUGCUGGAGGUGGUUCUGGAAUGGGAGGCUAUGGCAGAGAUGGCAUGGAUCAAGGUUACGGCUCUGUUGGUAGAAUGGGCAUGGGUAGCAAUUACAGUGGCGGGUACGGAACUCCUGAUGGCUUGGGUGGUUACAGUCGUGGCAGUGGAAAUAGUGGAGGAUACUAUGGGCAAGGCAGUAUGGGUGGAGGAGGAUGGCGUGGAAUGUAUUGAAGGAUAGCCUUGCUUCUGCGUAAUAUCCUGGAAGAAACAGUCUCUGGUCUACUAGACUUUCUUACAAAAUUUAAUUUCUUUUGUAUUUUAAGAACUUUAUAAUGACUGAAGGAAUGUGUUUUCACAAUAUUAUUUGGUAAGCAACAGAUUGUGAUGGGAAAAUCUGUUUUCUGUAGGUUAUAUUUGUUGCAUACUCUGACUUUAAAUAAAUUUUUAUAUUCAAACCACUGAUGUUGAUACUUUUUAUACUAGUUACUCCUAAGGAUGUAUUACAUAUUCAGGAAACAGUCGGUUUAAGAUGUUGUACUAUGGUUCAAUAAAGGUGGUUGUACUGUAACUCCUAUGAACACUGAGUUCUAUGUAAUCUUGGUGUAGUGAAUGAGUUUGAAAAAUUCACUUGUUUAAGGGGAAAAAAGGUAGAUUAAUAGACUAGUUUAUUUGGUAACACUCUUUCCUAAAUCCUUUUGAUAAGUUGUAUGUUAUAAUUUCUCAACAUGGCAUUAAGCUAAAGCUGUGGAGCUAAAAGUCAUAGUUCCAGCUUCCUUUCUUGUACUAUCAGAAUCUACUGUGCUUUUCAAAUGCACAAUUGCAUAAAUGCUUAGUUCCAAAGUUGUGUGCAUCGACAACACCAAGCUAGAGUAGUUCUGUGCUUUGCUGUAGAACUCCAGAUGCUGCAUUUCACACAUUUAACUUGCAAGUGAGUUGCUAAUCAAGCUAAAACACUAGCACAGCUUUCUGCUAACAUGAAAUAGGUCAAAUACUAGUUAAUUUCAAGUUUAGUUUUUUUCUUUCACAAACUGUUUUUGGGUGUUUUUAGGAAGACUGGGGUAUUUUGAAGCAAGAUGUAAGUUCAUUUCAUCAAACUUGUAUUUCAACACCAUUGAGCUUUUUUUCCUUUAGUGCACAUAGGUGAUUUGUCUGUAUUUGUUCAAAACUCGGCAACCCAUUUUAUGGAUGAGUUUGUUAGAAGCCAGGUCUCUAAAAUGACAAUUGUAAGCCCAAUAUUUGUUGAGUGACACAACCCCAAACACAUUGAAAAAAGUUUUUGUGCAUUUGUGACAUGUAAGAUGUGUAAGAAACAAUUGUUUGAAGACACUUAACAUAGCUGAUGUGUAACGAGGUAUUUAUUCUGAGCCAGUGUGAUCUCCCAAACUAACUGCUUUGUCCUCAAUGCCUCCCUUCAAAUGUCAAAUGUGAUCUUGGGUAUUGAAAGUUUGUCACCUGUUUUGCUAGUACUGUGUUAUAUAUGUAAUAAAUGUCUUACUG